CGCUCGGUGGGCGGAACUACGACCUGAGAGAGGACCCUUGACUGGCUCCUUCAUCCCGGAACUUCCUGGAUCCUGCGCGUGCAGAUGGCGUUACCUGGAGCUUAAACCCCUGCAAGAGGGUAUCGGAGGACUGGUGAGAGAAGGAGUUCUGUUGGGGUUCGGAAGCAUUGCUGUCUCUGUUGUUCCUGAGGCUAGACAUUGAAGGAGGAGAGAUACAAUGUGAGCAAAGGGAAGAAAGGAAGAAUGUGCAAGACAAUGGCCAAGAACAAACUAAGAGGACGGAAGUCCAGGAAUGUAUUCCACAUAGCCAGCCAAAAAAGCUUUAAGGUUAAAAAUAAAGCAAAACCAGUUACCACUAAUCUGAAGAAGAUAAACAUCAUGAACGAUGAAAAAGUUAACAGAGUGAAUAAAGCUUUUGUAGAUAUACAAAAGGAACUUGCACACUUCUUAAAAGGCCUUUCCCUUGAACCUCUGCAGAAACAGCUGAUUCCUCAGCAGUCUCAUGAAAACGAACCAGUUAAUGUUGAUGAAGCUACAAGAUUAAUGGCUCAGUUGUAAUACACUGGUGAUGCAUCAAAUUCCCCAAAAAGACCAAUAAAUUAAAUGCUUUAUACAAUUUUAUUUUUAAAAAUCUUGUUAAUGUACAGGCAUUGGCACAUUUUAAAAACAAACUACAUAAACAGAUCUUUCCUAUAACCUAGGAAAGUGGAAUGUCAGAAGUCAACAAAAUGUGAUAAACUUAAAGUGCUAAAACAGAAGGCACUUCACAAAAUCUGUUCACUGAAACAGUUAAUAUAUCCUAGUUUACACUCUUCACUUUAUAAGUGGCAGUGAAUGUCUGGAUCAGAGGAUACACAGAAAUAUGGACAGUCUCGUGGCAGUAAAAAUGUAAGACAAACAAAUGAUGAGCCCUUGGCCAACUUUUUUGUUUUUGAUGACCUUAAGUCUACUUUAACUUUCCUCUCAUAUAAGGAAAAAAACAGAAGGAUUCAGAAUGGGAGGAAAAGUUGAAAUUCCAGAAUGUAAUUACUUGAGGGUAGGGAGUUGGUGGAUAUGAAAUCACUUUUUCCCCUGAAGCAAUCAGAAUCCUUUGUUCUUAUGGUUGAAGUUUUGUGAAGUAAAAAAGAAAGUACUAGGGAAGAACAUUUCAGAAUCAGUGAACUAAAAAGGUGUUACAUUCAUAAUUUUAAAUACUUAGGUUAUUAAGACGUCUAAAAUGUUACACAGUUAGAGGUAGAUAACAGUCCCAAGUUUCCAUGGAAUCUAAUAAUUUAGUAUCUGGACAUCAAACAGAUCACAAACUCCUUCAUUAUCGUCUAAAUUAAAGUUGUAGUCAUCUGCCGGGGUCGGAGAAAGCCGUAAAAGCGGAAACACUGCAAGCAAAAAAUAAAUUCAGUGUUAAAGAUGGUUUCUACAUACAGGUAAUGAUGUCUAACAUAAAAUACUAUCAAAAACAUCAAGCCAAAUUAUGUUUCCCAUGUUAUACAGCAAUUUUUAAGAAAUAUAUAAUAGGAAAUGUAAUGAUCAAAUUAAUGACUUGUAUUUUGUGUAUAUUUUGAAAGAUUCUUCUUUAAAGACACUUUAUGCAUUGAUUAUAAGUGUUAGCUUGAGAAAUAGAAGUUAAUUUUUAUUGGUUGAA